AUGGUGAUGGGCAGAGUGCGCGCAACCUCCUACGUGAGGCGUACGCUGUCCCAGCCUAUCCACAAACCGCGGGUGUCUUCGGUGAUUCUCCGUCAGCCCCCGCAGCCUGCGGCGGGCUCCGGUCCCGGCGCCGCGGGCGGCCGAGACAUCUCCGCUCAGCUCGAGGACGGCGUGUGUCACCUGACCACCGGCGCAGGAGCGCCGAGUCGCCAGUUGCAUCUCGGUCUGCUGUCCGAAGGAUGGAGCUCGUUAGGCGGCGCCGGCGAAGGCGCGUUCAUGGGGCCUUCCUCCGACUCGCGCGUGAUUGACGAAGAAGUCGAAGAUUUGAAUGACUACUACCGCUUCACCUUGAAGGAAGACAUGCAGCGCGUGUGGCACAUGCUCUCAGGCCGGUUGAACUUGUUCCUCGUUUUCGUGCCGCUUUCUUUCUGGAGCGUUCUGGUCAGCGGCUCGCCGCUCUUUGUCUUCGUCUGCAACUUCUUGGCUCUCAUUCCUCUCGCGUCCCUGCUCGGCAACGCCACCGAAGAACUUGCGCUUCACACGGGAGAAAUCAUCGGCGGACUGUUAAACGCAACCUUCGGCAACGCCGUCGAGAUGAUCAUGUCCGUGCAAGCGUUGCGAGUGGGACUCCUGUCAGUCGUCCAAGGAACGAUGCUGGGCAGUAUCCUCUCCAAUUUGCUUCUGGUUCUGGGCAUGUCCUUCUUCGCCGGUGGCAUUCGUUACCAUGUCCAAAAAUUCAACGAAAAAGGCGCGACAUGCAGCGUCACGCUUCUGCUCCUCUCCUGCAUGAGCAUCGUCAUCCCCACAGUCGCAGCAUCGGGAAAUGACCAUGCGAGUCCAACCUACGAUAUCAUCAAAAUAAGCAGGACGAUUGCGGUGCUGAUUGGGCUGACCUACUGUCUCUUCCUCUUCUUCCAGCUGUACACGCACCUUAAUCUCUUUCGAGACGAUGAAGACGGCGAAGAAGAGUGGCCAUCGAUGUCUUGGGAAGCCGCGACGGUGAUUCUCUUCAUCGUGACGCUUCUCAUCGCCGUUCACUCAGAAUACCUUGUCGGCUCCAUUCACGCCGUUGUGACCAACUACGGCCUCCCGGAGAGCUUCAUCGGCGUCAUUCUCUUGCCGAUCGUGGGCAACGCCGCCGAGCACUUGACGGCCGUCACUGUGGCGAUGAAGAACAAAGUGGAUCUUGCGAUGGGCGUGGCUGUCGGCUCUUCGGCUCAGAUUGCGCUCUUCGUCUUCCCCUUCACCGUCUGUGCGGGGUGGGCCCUGGACCAGCCGCUGACCCUCGCAGUGCAGCCGAUGAGUGCGCUCGUCCUCUUGAUGGCUGUGCUUGUGGCGAUGGCAAUUGUCCAAGACGGAGAAAGCAACUGGCUAGAAGGGGUCAUGCUGAUGGCGGCGUACCUCAUGAUUGCGAUUGUGUUCUGGUACAAUGAUCCAAACUCGAGCGCGCACGCCGCGACUUCUGUCGGUGGUAAAGGCGCUCCAGCCAGCCUGCCUUGA